AUGGGUGGGAAACAGUCUCACGGCUUCUCCAACAAGGAGCUGAGCGAGGUGAGCGUCAUCCAAGGAGGCCGAAGGAGCACCGGCAGUGAUCAGACCAGCGUGUCGUCGGCCGCUGAGAGAAUUCGCAGACAUGCCACAGUACACUUUGGCUACAGCACCCUGAGCCUGGCCAUGCGCGGGCUCGACGAUGCCCCAGCUGAGCUGUGGGAGCUGCGUGAGCUCCAGAAGCUCAACCUGUCUAUGAACUGCCUUUGCUCACUGCCUCCAGCUCUCAGUGCCCUAGACAACCUGGUGGUACUCAACCUAUGGGGCAACAACCUGACCAGCCUUCCACCAGAGAUCGGCUUGCUGAAAAAGUUGCGUGUACUUUUUGCUUGCCGAAACCGCCUGAGUGAAGUGCCAGAGGAGCUGGGCUCUUGCACCUGCCUGGAGGUCCUCAGCUUGGCCAACAACCAGAUCAGUGGUCUGCCCAGCAGUUUGGCAGCCAUGCGCAGCCUGACUAAGCUCAACCUGAGCCACAACCGCAUCGCCCACAUCCCUACCUGUGUCUACAGCAUGAAGGGCCUGGUCUUUCUCCACCUUGCCUGCAAUCGCCUGGAGACGAUUGCCGACCAGAUCCAGGACCUAGUCAAUCUCAAGAUACUUAUUGUGGAGGGGAACAGCAUUCACACUCUGCCCAAGACCCUGUGCUUCUUGGAGUCCCUAGAGCUCCUCAAUGUGGACUUCAAUGAACUGCAAAAUGUGCCAGUGGAGAUGUACUUGCUGAUCAGACUUAGAAGGCUGGCCUGCCACCCUCUGGACAAGGGGCUUCAUAUUAUACAUAACCCUUUGCUCAAGCCUAUUCAGGAGGUACUCCAAGGAGGACUGAGCUCUUUGUAUAACUAUCUCAAACCUACGUGA